AGAUAUCGAUGAGUCUUCAGUAAUGCAACUGGCAGAGAUGGGUUUUCCUUUGGAAGCAUGUCGGAAAGCUGUGUACUAUACAGGCAACCUGGGUGCUGAAGUGGCUUUCAACUGGAUCAUUGCACACAUGGAAGAACCAGACUUUGCUGAGCCAUUGGUCAUAUCUGCAUUUGGAGAAGUUGCUUCCAGUGGGGUCACUGCAUUUGGAGCUGUGGGGCUAGAUAACCAACCUCCUGAAGAGAUGGUUGCAAUUAUCAUUUCCAUGGGCUUCCAGAGGAAUUUAGCAAUUCAAGCGCUGAAGGCAACAAACAAUAAUUUGGAGCGUGCACUGGAAUGGAUCUUCAGCCACCCUGAACUCGAGGAAGAAAGCGAGCCUGCUUUGGACAUGAUGAAUAUGGCGAACAAUGCCAAUGCCAAUGUCCUUGCAGAGACAGGGUCAGAGGGACCCAGGAUCAAAGAUGGGUCUGGAAGAUACGAGCUGUUUGGGUUCAUCAGCCACAUGGGAACAUCCACAAUGAGUGGCCACUAUGUUUGUCAUCUCAAAAAAGACGGAAGAUGGGUGAUCUACAAUGACCUUAGAGUCUGUGCCUCAGAACGACCUCCCAAAGACCUGGGCUACAUUUAUUUUUACCACAGGAUACCAAGUUAGGCCUCAAAUCUAUUACCUGGCCUUAAGAAGCCGCAAGCCUUUUUAACCUGCCCAAA